AUGCUGUUUGACAAACUCGCCUUGGAGCCCCUUUUUGAAAAGAUCGACGAGCUCCAGCCGGCCUUCAUCGAGCGCUUGCGCCGUGCCAUCGCCAUUCCCUCGGUUUCGUCCGACGAAUCGCUCAGACCAAAAGUGGUGGAAAUGGCGGCUUUCCUAGUCAACGAACUCACCACCUUGGGUUUCGCCGACAUCCAGCUCAAGGACUUGGGCAAACAGCCCCCUCCAGUGAGCAACCCCGACUUGCUUUUGCCACCCAUUGUGUUGGCCCGUUUCGGCAACGACGAAAAGAAGAAAACCGUCUUGGUCUACGGCCACUACGACGUCCAGCCUGCUGGCUUGGAGGACGGCUGGGCCUCGGAGCCUUUUGAAAUGACCCACGACGAGCAGGCCGGCAUCUUGUACGGCAGAGGCUCCACCGACGACAAAGGUCCAGUUAUGGGCUGGUUGAACGUUGUGGAGGCCCACAAUGCCUUGGGCUGGGAAUUGCCUGUCAACUUGGUGGUGUGUUUCGAGGGCAUGGAGGAGUCUGGAUCCUUGGGUCUUGAAGGUCUCAUUGCCCGUGAAGCCCAGAACUACUUCAAGGGCGUGGACGCUGUGUGUAUUUCUGACAACUACUGGUUGGGCACCACCAAGCCUGUGUUGACAUACGGAUUGCGUGGAUGCAACUACUACCAGGUGCUGAUUUCCGGCCCUGGCGCCGAUCUCCACUCGGGUAUUUUCGGCGGUGUGGUCGCCGAACCCAUGACCGACUUGGUCCAGGUGCUUUCGCUGUUGGUUUCCUCUGACGGUACUAUUUUGGUUCCUGGCAUCGACGAGAUGGUGGCUAAAUUGACUCCUGAAGAGGACGCUCUCUACGACGACAUUGACUUCUCCGUGGACGAGUUGCAGGCUGCCCUGGGCUCCAAGACCGCUUUGUACGACAACAAGAAGGACAUCUUGAAGCACCGCUGGAGAUACCCAUCCUUGUCGAUCCACGGUGUGGAGGGUGCCUUUUCUGGUGCUGGUGCUAAGACUGUCAUUCCUGCCAAGGUUACCGGUAAGUUCUCCAUCAGAACCGUGCCUGACAUUGACCUGGCCAAAUUGGACCUGUUGGUUUUCGCCCAUGUAACCAAGGCGUUCAAGCAGCUCAAGUCCAAGAACCAGAUGAAGGUGGAGUUGAUCCACGACGGUGACUACUGGAAGUCCGAUCCUUUCAACGAGUCCUUCACCGCUGCCUCCAAGGCCACUGAGCACGUUUGGAACGUCAAGCCAGACUUCACCAGAGAAGGUGGCUCGAUUCCAAUCACCUUGACUUUCGAGAAGGAGUUGGGCACACAGGUGCUUCUUUUGCCCAUGGGCCGUGGUGACGACGGCGCCCACUCCAUCAAUGAGAAGUUGAACGUCAGCAACUACAUCAACGGUUGCAAGACCUUGGGUGGCUACUUGCACUACUACGGCCAAUAG